UGAGCGGAGAGCGCUAUGGUUCAUGGCUCCCUGGCUCUACUAUCUACAACGCUACCAUCGUCGUCAUCAAAUUAUUCACCACUCGCUAACCCCGAUUGGCCCUCCUCCUCGUCCUCCCGCCUUUUCUCCGUAUUUAUCCGAAAUUCUGGGCUCAGAAAUUUCAAGCUGAGGGCCUCCUUCAAGCAGCAGCAGUCGAAAUUAGUGGAAGCCGAUAAUGGGUCGGCUGAGCAUUUUCUGGAGAACAAUUCCAUUGCAGAUUUCAUGAGGUUCAUCAAGCGAAGCUCAAAUUCCAAGUCUAGUGAUGAUGCAGAGGGAGGAAGCUAUAGAAGUUCUGAGUUGCAGACUGCCGUUGUUAGUUAUCGCAAGAAGUUCCCUUGGUCCCUUCUUCAACCAUUUCUUCAGGUUGAUUUGGUUUCGACUAUACACAUUGCAGAUAAAGAGUACUUUGAGACCCUGCAAAAAGAACUUGAAUUGUAUGAUUGUGUCCUUUAUGAGAUGGUUGCUAGCAGAGAAAGUCUAGAAAGCAGAAGAAAUCAUGCUGCUAAAAAGAAACUUAAAGGUUCAGCCUCAAGGGGAUUUAAUAUUCUUGGCUGCAUUCAGAGGCAGAUGGCUAAUUUUCUUAUGCUUGAUUUCCAGUUAGAUUGUAUUGACUACCAGGCUGAGAACUGGUACCAUGCAGAUCUUGAUUUUGAAACCUUUAAGUUACUUCAGCAUGAAAAAGGUGAGAGCUUCUUUACAUUUGCCAGAGAUAUGACACUUAGAUCGACAAGGGCCAUUGUGCAGCCUACAUCAAUUCCAGAAGAUCUUGGUCCUUGGAGAUCCAAACUUUUAUGGGCUUCUCGAGUGCUGCCCAUGCCUCUUGUUGGACUCUUCAUCAUUGGAAGUGUUUGCACAGAUGUGGGAAACCAGGCAUCUGAAUUUCCAGAAUUGGAAGCAUUGUCCAGGCUUGAUUUUGGUGCUGCAAUGAAGGUUUUUCUUGCAAAAAGGCUAACGUCUGAGUUCACACAAGUGACGGCUGAUGUAGAGGAGAGAUCUGUAAUCAUUGGUGAGAGAAACAGAGCUGCAACAGAAGCACUUGACAGAGCAAUUGCUGAAGGUCAUAACAAGGUUGCUAUACUUUAUGGGGGAGGGCACAUGCCAGACCUGGGACGGCGAUUGAGGGAGGAAUUUGACCUUGUCCCAUCUCGAGUGCAGUGGAUAACAGCUUGGUCCAUAAAGGGCCAUAACCUAAGAAGUAGCUCCCUUCCCUUUUUGAAGAAAAUGGCAGAAGUCUUGGGUUGGCCUCUAAACCGUUAUCAGACUCUGGCACUGCUCAUCUUUUCAUCUGUCCUGGCAUUGGAUCUCUGGUUCUGGGAACUCCUCUUUGGUACUGCUGUUAAUUGGUUUUCACAUGUUGCUUCAGACAUUAUUGGAGUUGUUUAUAGUGCAAAAGUCACAUGAAUUCCUGUUGAAAAUUAAUCUUGGAAAGGUGAGGUAAAGCUUUAAACAUUGUAGAUAUUGUAGACUUACCACUGGUAUUCUUUGUAGCCUAUUGUUACUUGUUAGAGGUAAAUGAUUCUAGAACCGCCGCAGGCCUUUUCAAGUGCUUUGUCGAGCACCGCAGUAGCUGAAGUUAAAACACAAAAUAUUUUGUUUUGUAGAUAAUCUGCACGAUGGCAUGAAAAUCAAUGCCUUUCACGGUGCUACAUUACGGUACCAUUCCUUUUUUUUUAAAAAAAAAAAAAAAUUUAUUUCG